AUGUCUUUUGAUCAACUUACAAAAUCAUCUCCUUUGAACGAAGAAAUAAAUGUUAAAAGUGAUAAUACAGAACAUUAUGAAAAGAAAAUUGAUAUUGAAGAUAGAAUUAUAUUAAAUGUUGGUGGUGUUAAGUAUGAAACGUUUCGUUCAACAUUAACAGCAUACCCUGAAACAUUAUUAGGGAUAAUGUUUGCAGAACGAAAUAAAGAAAUGCUUCAUCCUAUUAAUGAUAAUGAAUAUUUCUUUGAUAGAGAUGCAGUAGUAGAUAACGUUAAUGGAUUUUUAAUAGCACUUAGAAAUGUGAUGCAUCAAUUAGCGGUAUUAUUUGAGAAACAUAUUUUAAUUACAUUUUAUCAUGAUCGUCAACCUCCAACAUUUAAUUUAAUUUCACCAACCUUAAAUAUAAUUAAAAAUGAAACCGAACCAUUUAGAGAAAUAAUCAGACAAUUAUUAUUACCUUAUUCCGGUGUUGAUUUAUUUUACAUUUAA